AUGGAUCAACAGACAACUCUCAUCGGUGCUCAUGCUAGCAAUCAGAUACUACUCACUGCGAUGGCCAAUGUAUCCAACAACCAUCGUGAACCUAUAAGAGGACGAAUACUUCUGGAUACAGGCUCAACAACAAACUUCAUGACCAACGAAUUCGCUGAGAAGUUGAACAUCCGAAAGGAGAAAUGCUCCAUUCCAGUAGGUACACUCAAUGGAUUAACCACAUACACGAAAUGGAAAUUGAGAAUCUUCAUACAAUCUUCAGACGGUAAAUAUCAAGGAAAAUUUGAAUGUUUGACAAUUCCAUCAAUUUUACAAUUCAUCCCAAUCCGACCAAUUCAUAAAAACCUCAUCGAGAUACCAAAGAACAUACAAUUAGCCGAUCCAGAAUUUUACAAACCUGCUCCAAUUGACAUCUUGCUCGGAUCAGGUCCAACACUAUUACUGCUGAGUAUUGGGCAGAUAAAAAUGUUCAACCAGGGUAGGCCUGAUCUGUAUUUACAAAAGACUCAAUUGGGCUGGGUAAUUGGGGGUGAUAGCAGAGCAUGCGAUGAAGGGAUACCACAACGGGUCCAUCACCUUCAGCUUGUAAACAUGCUGACGAAAUUCUGGGAGAUAGAGGAAGGUCCAAAAAGGAAAUAUCCAUCCCCAGAAGAAAACGCAACAGAAGAACAUUUUAAACAGCAUGUGAGUUGGGACGCAUCAGGGAAAUACAUUGUUGCGCUACCAUUCAAUGAAAAAAAGGUCAAAUUGGGCAAAUCCAUAGAAAUUGCUCAAAAAAGACUGAACAGCCUACAGAAUAAAUUCAGGAAAAAUCCUAGUAUUCGACAACUAUACCAAGAAGUUAUCAACGAGACAUGA